CCUUUCUCAAAACGGAGAUGCAUUAUCAAAGGCCCAAGCUUUCAAAAAACCGGCUGUGCUAAAGCCUGCAAUACAACAGUAAAGGAACCAAAGUGUUGCAAAGGCUUCUUUGGCCCUUACUGCAGUCCCUGCCCAGGAGGUUUCUCCAAACCCUGCUCAGGAAACGGGCAGUGCAUGGAUGGCCUGGAUGGAAAUGGGACUUGCAUUUGUGCUGCAGCAUUUCAAGGCUCUCGAUGUCAGUUCUGCUCAGACCCUGGCAAAUACGGACCUCAGUGUGACAAAGAUUGCCCCUGCGCUUACGGGAAGUGUGAUAACCGAAUAGACAGCGACGGGAUCUGUCUGCCUGGAUCAUGCAGAAGUGGAUACACAGGGAAACUCUGUGAUAAGCAAAUUACUCCCUGCAAGCUCUCCUUAUGGCCGUGCCAUGCAUAUGCAGACUGUCAGCUUACCGACGGUGAAGUGAGCUGUGUUUGCAAACCUGGCUAUGAAGGAAAUGGCAUGAGCUGCAGCAAAGCUGAUCCUUGUGCUGCUUCAAGGGCAGGUGGCUGCAGUACCAAUGCUGAGUGCAUCCAGACAGGCCCAAGAAAGCACACAUGCGUUUGCCAGGCAGGAUGGACAGGCAAUGGAAGGGACUGCUCACCCAUCAACAACUGCUUACUGCCCACUGCAGCAGGGUGCCACGAAAAUGCCACCUGCAUAUACGUUGGGCCAGGCCAGAAUGACUGCAAGUGUAAGGAUGGAUUUCAAGGGAAUGGAAUUGAAUGCACACCCAUAAACUCAUGCCUGGAACAAAAUGGAAAAUGCCAUCAUCUGGCAACUUGUCAGUUUGAUUCUUCUCAUGGCUGGGAGUGUGUCUGCCCAAAAGGCUAUGAAGGAGAUGGUAGAAUAUGUUAUGGAAAUGCUGCAGAUGAAUUAUCUACUCUAUCUGAAGCAGUUGCAUUUUACAAAUGGGUUCAUGAAGCUGAAAUAAACUCGGUGUUGUCCACCACCUCAAAUCUAACUGUCCUCGUGCCUUCUCUCCAAGCAAUUGAAAACAUGGAUGAAGAUGAGAAAGCCUUUUGGAUGUCAAAGAGUAACAUCCUAACUCUACUGAAGUAUCAUGUAUUGACAGGAGCUUACAGCUUUGCUGAUUUCCAGAAUUUAUCAUCUUCUGACACACUGCCAACAUCUCUACAGAGCAACUUCCUACAGCUGUCUAAAGAAAAUGGGAACCUCACCCUCCAGGGCGCUCACAUCGUGGCUGGAGACAUCGCAUCCACAAAUGGGAUCAUACACGUUAUUGACAAGGUCCUGACCCCGCUCCGCAGCGCCGUCCUGCCGAGGCUCCUGGCCCGCCUGGAGCAAAUGCCCGAUUACUCCAUUUUCAGGGGCUACAUUAUUCAAUACAACCUGGCAAAUGAAAUAGAAUCUGCAAACGCAUACACAGUCUUCGCCCCAAAUAAUGAUGCCGUAGAAAAUUACCUACGGGAUAAAAAGUCUGCUACUCUGGAUGAAGGCCAUAUUCGUUAUCACGUCGUGCUGGAUGAGAAGCUCCUGAAGAACAGCUUGCACAAUGGCAUGCACAGGGAGACCAUGCUAGGGUUCUCCUACCAGGUUGGGUUCUUCCUCCACAAUGGCCAGCUAUUCAUAAAUGAUGCUCCUAUAAGCUACACAAAUGCUGCAACAGACAAAGGAAUUAUUCAUGGAUUGGGAAAGGUCCUGGAAAUCCAGAAGAACAGAUGUGACAUCAAUGACACUGUGAUCAUUGUAAGUGGUUCUUGUAGCAUUUGUUCAAACACAUCAAGCUGUCCCCAAGGAACAAAAGAAAUAGCAGGGGAGAAGAAAUACUGCAUUCUCUCAGGAAACAACAUGAGAACAUACACCAUCCAGCUCAGGUGCCAGACAAAGUGUGCUAAAACCAUCAUUACGCGGGAGUGCUGCGCAGGUUUCUUCGGGCAGCAGUGCCAGCCCUGCCCGGGGAAGGCGGGGAACCCCUGCUUCGGCAACGGCGUCUGCCUGGACGGCAUCAACGGCACGGGCACCUGCGAGUGCGGAGAGGGCUUCGUCGGCACCGCCUGCGAAACCUGCAGCCCAGGCAGAUACGGCCGCGGCUGUGACCAAGCGUGUGCUUGUGUCCACGGGAAAUGCAGCAGUGGGAUCAAUGGGGAUGGCUCCUGUGAGUGUGAUGUUGGCUGGAGAGGGGUGACAUGCCAGACCGAGAUCAAAGACGAUGCAUGUAAUGCCUCAUGCCAUACCAGUGCUAACUGCCUGCUCCUAUCAAAUGGCACUGCCUAUUGCAAGUGUGCAGCUGGGUUUGAGGGGAAUGGGACAUUCUGCACAGCUAUCGAUGCUUGCAAGACCAGCAACGGUGGCUGUUCUACCAAGGCGGAGUGCCAAAGGACAACACCUGGCAACAGAGUGUGUGUCUGCAGCGCUGGCUACACUGGAGAUGGAAUAAUCUGCAUUGAAAUCAAUCCUUGUCUUGAGAACAAUGGUGGAUGCGAUAGAAAUGCAGAAUGCACACAGACUGGACCCAAUCAAGCAGUAUGCAAUUGCUUGAAGGGAUACUCUGGAGAUGGUAAAACAUGCACAUACAUCAGUCUAUGUUCACAAAAUAAUGGAGGCUGCAGUGAAUUUGCCAUCUGUAAUGACACAGAGCUGACAGAAAGGACCUGCACCUGCAAACCUAACUACAUUGGGGAUGGGUUUAAGUGCCGAGGCAAUAUCUUCCAGGAACUUCUAAGGGACCCCAACACAUCUAGGUUUUAUUUCCACUUAGAGGCCUUGUCCAUCAGAGAUAUUGCAGGCCCUGGCCCCUUCACCCUGUUUGUACCUCGCACAGACGUACUAAACAGCGACCCGCGGGUCAAGGACUGGAUUGCCAAAGGAGUCAUGGCCCAAGUCCUCCGGUACCACAUGGUGGGUUGUGCCAGUCUGUUGUACAGUGACCUAACAACAAUCAACAACAUCACCUCUCUUCAUGGGGACCUGAUACACAUCAGCUACUCUCAGAACUCACUCUUUUUGAACAACAAUGCUGAAGUUAUACUCAGUGAUGCUGUUGGCACAAAUGGUGUGAUCCAUGUCAUAAACCAAAUUCUGGUUCCUUCACAUAUGCAGGAUUUCCCCCUUAAGAAGGUAUGUACAGAAAGUCUUAAGAUGGUUGCCGCCAAACAUGGAUAUAUCCUGUUCAGCAGUUUGCUAGAGAAGAACAACCUGCUUGGGCUGAUCAACGAUCCUAUUCACAAACCAGUCACGCUCUUCUGGCCCACAGACACAGCCAUCCGCGGGCUGCCACAGGAGCAGCAGGACUUCCUCUUCAAGAAGUCCAACACAGACAAACUGGUGCAGUACCUCAAAUUCCACGUUGUCCGUGACACUGCACUGUUGGCCUACAAGCUAUCCAGCUCCAUCUCACUGAAGACCCUGCAGGGCUCUAAUCUCAGCGUUAGCUGUGGGGAUAACGGGGAGAUUGGCGCACUUUUCCUGAACGACAGAAAGUGCAAGAUAGUGCAGCGGCAGCUGGAAUUCGAUGGGGGCAUCGCCUAUGGCAUCAACUGCCUGCUGACCGACCCCAGCCUCGGAGGUCGCUGCGACACUUUCCUCACGGUGGAUUUCAUGGGGCAUUGUGUUAGCUGUUUCCGUAAUUCUAAAUGCCCUCCAGGGACAAAACCAAAGGAAGGGAUCCACCGGUGCACGUACGAGUCCUAUGGGCUGCGGAGGGACGGCUGCCGUAGGAACUGCUCCAUGGUUAUCCAGAGGCCCAAGUGCUGCAAGGGCUACUUCGGGCCAGACUGCCAAGCUUGCCCAGGGGGCCCAGAGACCCCAUGCAAUAACCACGGCUCCUGUGACGACGGGUACACUGGGACAGGCGAGUGCCACUGCAACAGUGGCUUCAAUGGGACUUCAUGUGAGCUGUGCUUGCCAGGCAGAUACGGAUCCAACUGCAAACCCUGCGAAUGCAAGACCAACGGGCAGUGCGAUGAAGGAUCUUCAGGCACGGGGCGAUGUUUCUGUGAAACGGGAUGGACUGGCCGGCUGUGUGAAACCAAGCUAGCUCUGCAGCCAGUGUGCUCUCCGAGCUGCUCCGCCAACGCCGUCUGCACGGAGAACAACACGUGUCAGUGCAAGCCACUGUACAAUGGAGAUGGGAUCACGUGCACGGCUGCAGACCUUUGCAAACAGAACAAUGGCGGGUGCCACAGAGCAGCCGAAUGCACGCAGCUCGGGGUGAAAGUCUUCUGUAGCUGCCAAAAAGGAUACAAGGGAGAUGGCUUCGCAUGCCUUCCAAUAAAUCCUUGCGCCAACGGGUUCAACGGAGGCUGCCACGAGCAUGCCACUUGCACUGUCAUAGGACCUGACAAACGCAAGUGUGAAUGUAAAAAUAACUACAUUGGUGAUGGGUUGAACUGCUCCGUGAUGCAGCUUCCUCUCGACCGCUGCUUGCAGGACAACGGGCAGUGCCACGCUGACGCCGACUGUGCCGACCUCCACUUCCAAGAUACCACAGUUGGGGUUUUCCACUUACGGUCCCCACAAGGACAGUACAAAAUGACUUACGAAAAAGCAAAGGAGGCCUGUGCCAAUGAGUCCGCCACUGUUGCUACAUAUAACCAGCUGAUGUAUGCACAGAAGGCGAGGUACCACCUCUGUGCUGCCGGCUGGCUGGAUGGUGAAAGAGUGGGCUACCCAACUGCCUUCUCCUCCCCAAACUGCGGCUCUGGCUACGUAGGCAUUGUGGACUAUGGGAGAAGAGCCAACCUGAGUGAAACCUGGGAUGUUUUCUGCUACAGGGAGAAAGAUGUCAACUGCACCUGCAAGCCAGGCUAUGUGGGGGACGGCUUCUCCUGCAGUGGGAACCUGCUGCAAGUGCUGAUGUCCUUCCCAACGCUCACAAACUUCUUGUUGGACAUCAUGGCUUACUCUAACAGCUCGAGGAAGGGGAGAGAGUUUCUGCGGUACCUCACGGACCUGUCAGCGCAUGCCACUCUCUUUGCUCCAAAUGAUAACGGGUUAAAGGAAAAUGAGACACUUUCUGGGCGAGACAUUGAGUAUCAUGUAUCCAACGCCAGCAUAGUGUUUUAUGAAGACUUGACUAAUGGAACCACUCUUCUAACUCGUCUAGGGGAAAAACUCCUCAUUACAAACACCAGGGACCAGGAUCCUCAAACCCCCAUAGCUGAACAGAGCGACAUCAGAUAUGUGGAUGGAAGUCCUAUUGUUGAGUGGGAUAUAAUUGCUUCCAAUGGGAUAAUCCAUGUCAUUUCAGAACCUUUAAAAGCUCCACCAGCACAUGCUCCUCUCCACACCGGUACCAGGACAGGAAUAUUCUUUGGCAUCUGCCUGGUUACUGGAAUCGUGGCUUUUAUCGGAUAUUCUUACCUCAGGUUCAGGAGGAGGAACACGGGCUUCCAGCACUUCCAGACAAAAGAUGACACUGACGUAACAUCCCUGGACAAGUCACAGCCUGCAAAUAUCACCAACCCUUCAUAUGAAAGUUCUUCUGCACUGACUCCACCAGAACCUACAUAUGAUCUUUUCUCAGAUUCAGAUGACCAGCAGCUUGUGAUGAGUGGUCCUCAUGAUCAGAAUUAA